GUUUCUUUUUUAACACCUUCUUUGUACAAUAGAUAUUGAGAUUUACAUCUUCUGCUCUUUCCGACAAAAGCCCAUCUCUUCUGUCUUAUUUUCUUCUGAAGGUUCUGUUUUUUUUUUCAUCAAGAAAAUGAUACUAGUAAGUUUUCGUUAGCAUUUCUUUUUCCUUUUUCUUUUAUUUCGUUCUUUGGACAGUUUACCUCCACGUAUUCGUCUCUGGUAAUAAUCUCCAUCACAAAAUCUCUCUUCUUAUUAUGGUUUUAUUUUUUGUUUUUGUUUUUGUUGAUAUCUGAUGAUAAAGCUGCUCAUCGAUUGCAUCGAUUUGUAUUUCUUUUACACAUCAAAUAUGGAUUUGUACUUGUUUCUGGGUUUUUAUUUAUCUGGUGUAACUGUGAUUUGAUCAAAGCCUCUGGAGAAGAUCUCUGUAGGUAUAAUGUCUGAAGAGGUUAUGGUUUUGGGUAAGAGUAACAAAGGAAUCAGCAAGACUUCCUCGGUCCAUCCAUAUGAAUCAGCUUGGUUAGGUCGUUGGACUCAGUCAGGUAGUGAAGUGAAGUUUCAUGAUGGUGAAGCCAAGUGCUCUAAGGAGUUGAUUAGGCCUGAAGAUAAUAAUAAUAAUGUAAAAGAGAAUCAUGGAGUCGAGGUCUUGCCGUUUCCUAUGUUCAAGGUUUCUCAAAAGAGAGAGACUACUACUAAGCCGUCUUUCCAUGGUGAUGUGGGUUCAAGCUCGAAAGCUAUGGUUAAUAGAAUGCCAUGGAUGUAUCCGCAAGGAGAGAAUUUCAGUUCGAGUAACCGUCUUGAUUUCCCAGUUCAAGAAAAGACUACUCAAAACUUGCUAGAGUUGAUAAGACCGGUGAGGAUUUACGCAACGGUUGAUUCAGUUAACUUGCCAGAAGAAGAUGGUCAUCAGCUGUUGAAGGGGUCGACGGUUUCCAUGAAACUGAAAGGGAAGAUUUUUGGUGGGUAUCUUGAUCUAUUUCCUAAUCAAGAUCAUUGCCAUAAUAAAGGAGGAGCAAGGUUGCAGUCUCUAGAAAGCUCAAAGGAUACCGAAGAAGAUGGGCCGAGAAAAAAUGAAUCAUCGGCAGAAACUGAUACCUUGGAAAUGGAUAGACUUCAGAGGAUACAUCUUUCCGGCUCCAUUUCUUCGUCAUCAACUAAGGGCAAAGGAAUAAAAGGUGAUUCAGCCAUUCCCAGGACCGAAAUACCCGACAUGAAUGAAGAACCACCUUUGGUUCCAGAUAGAGAGAAUUCAGUAGAUGGACAUCAGGGAGAAACAAGCAACUCGGCUACUCAAAGUAUGAAUGUGGAACACUUUCUGUCCAGAGACUGCAAACGUGUGAGGUUGGAACCAGAAGUAGAAGCCAGCAGUAGAUGGGUCAAGCGUCUGAAAACAAGCGCCUCGACCUCCAGCAGACAUGAUGAAACCAAGAGUCUGAAGAUUAAAGAAGCAUCACUGGGACAAAAAGGGAACAAUAACCUAUUCCUUGAAAUCUUGAAGUCCGGAAUCAACAAUCUCCAACCAAGAAAUCAAGAACCCGUCGUUUCACAAAGCAAUGAUCUGAAACAGGGAGGAGAUGACAUUACACUUCUGCAUCCAUGGAUCCAGAGAUGGUGCAAGAAGAAAUCUACAACAACAGAUCAACCAGGAGGGCAAGAAGUUAGCUUUGAGCCAGAAAGCCAAAAGGAGUUCGAGAAGAAACAGUAUCCGAGUAUUGCAGCCAUGGCAUUGAUGGGGAAGGCUCUGAGCGGUUUAAACCCAUAUGGUCUGAGAAAAACCAACUCUCUGAUGGUCUGGAAUGCAAGGGAUUUGAGGUAGGAAAACAAAACCAUCAUCCUCAUCUUCCCUUGUUUAUCAUUACAACGUAAAGUCAAGAACUAAAUAGCACGCUUGCUACAACCAAAUUCGUGUAAGAUUUUGACAAGUUCUACGUUAUGUGUCAGUCUGACUAUUCUUAUAAUAGUUUCACUAUAUGUAUGAAUACCUUGUUUGCAUCAUAAAUAUUCCCUGUUAAUCGUAACCGCAUCAGUAUUUUGA